AAAAAACUUCAGCGAUGUUCUAAGUCUGCCUCCGACGCCUUCAGCAGCACCCAGCGAAUGGCUUGCCAGUCGGGGGUAAAAUGCCAUCAUGUGGCCUCGAGAACUGGCUCUUCCACCGAAUAUCUGGAGCGUCCUGCUCACCAACCCAACGAGCCUCACGAGCCAUUAGAACCCGAUCUGGCAUCUAAGCUCCUCGACGCAAAUGAACUCGUCAGCGCCUUCCACAAUACCCUUGCCGUCGAGCAUUUGGACAAGGCCGUCAGGAGUCUUCACGGCGCCUCAUCCGACAUACCCAACAACCACCCGUACCUGGCAGACGUUCUGGGCAGUUGCGAGGCCGUAAUAGACACCAGAUUCGUCUGCACUGGGGAGAUUCGUGGCCUAGAGCUAGACCUCGUGAUCAAAGUCGCGGAGCGUGCUGUGGAAGUCACCUCUGAAGACCAUCCGUGUCGAGCGGCCAGGCUCAUCACCUUGAGCAACUGGCUUGGUCGCCGGUUUGCCUGGCACAGCAAGCCUCAUGACAUAGACCGUGCAGUUCAAGAGGCUGAAAAGGCUGCAAAACUCGCUCCUGCGGAUAGUGGGAGUGCUGGGGCCAGCGUCUGGAAUGACUUCGGAUACUGGCUCAUGCGCCGAUUUGAACACGACCAAGAUGGGGGCUACCUUCACCGCGCAGUGCUAGCCGGCGAGACUGCCGUGAAACUCACGCUUGAUGGCGAUCCUCGAAAAGCCAUUAGACAGAGUAACCUUGCGGCGUGGCUACUCGUUCGGAGUCGAAAGACUCGGUCCGGCUCAGACGCCGUCGACGCCAUUGCCCUCGCGCAGUCUGCCGUUAACGCCUCCGGCGUUCUUAUAGCUGACCGGCCACUUCUUAUAGAAGGCCUGGGAAGAGCCUACGGAAUCCAAUUCGAGACCAGCCAGCGGCUGACUCGGAGUAGCAUCGACACCGCGUUGAGCCUUCUCCGCCAAGCUGCGGACCAAGCAUCCCACCCUGACGCCCGCCAUCCCCACCAUGCAGACGUGCAGCUCCAGCUCUGCGACCAUCUCAGAAAGCGGUACGACAUGCCAGGAGGCGGCGACCAAAUGGACCUCGACGAUGCUCUUAACGCCGCCUCCCAAGGAUGGGCCUGCCCGCUCGCCCGCACCGAGACGCGUAUCUUGGUGGCGCGCAGCGCGGCCUCCAUACUUGCCGUGAAGAAGGACUGGGCAGCGGCAAGCAGAUACCUGGAACAGGCGGUUGAGCUGCUGCACUCGGUCGUGUUGCCGACGCAGUCGGAUUCGGCGCGCCAGCGGAUGCUCGCCAAGUUUCAGGGGCUGGCGUCGGAGGCGGCGGCCGCGGCCAUGGAGGCGAAAAGGGACGACUACCUGGCUUUGAACCUGUUGGAGUCCGGGCGCAGCGUGACGAACGGCUUUUUGUUUGACAUUGAUGCCUUCAUUGAUGUAAAGUGCCCUGAGAUGUGGCAGUAUGCUGAGCUGAGGGGCGUUCUUGAUUCUCUGACAGGGUGUCUGUCCUUCCCGGCCUCAACGGCCACGAAGAGCCUUUGGAAGUCCCAAGCCACAAAGGUCCAGACGGUUCUUCAGGAUAUGCAGUCUCUGGUGAUGAAAAUCAGAGAAACCCCGCGCUUGCAUAGCUUCCUCCAGCUCCACAACAUUGAAGAUUUGAAAGAAGAGGCUCGGGAGGGACCGAUGGUAGUGCUGAAUGCGACGAUACAGCGCUGCGAUGCUUUCAUCGUCCACACUUCUGGAGUUAGGUCAAUACAGCUGAAGCAGCUGACUCUGGCCGAGAUCAAACGGCGAAGCCGACAUCUGGCACGUCAAUCUCGGAUCGCCUCUUUGCUCAACUGGUUGUGGCGCUCUGCAGCACGGGAAAUAUUACAAAAGCUAACGUAUACCGUGGCCGUGGAAGAUGGCGACUUUCAAAGAGUGUUCUGGAUACUCCCCGGCGCCACUAGUUGCCUGCCCCUGCAUGCAGCUGGCCACCAUGCCGCCCGUUCGGGCGAGACGGUGAUUGAUAGAGCCAUGUCGUCCUACAGCUACUCCAUCAAGUCUCUCAUCUACGGAAGACGCAAGGAGCGCGUCUCUUUUGGAGACCCAGAGAAAGACUCAGCGUUGCUCGUUUCCAUGGCUGAGACGGCCGGUCUAUUACCCCUCCCCUUCGCCCCGGUCGAGGUAUCUAAGGUAGGGGACGUGUGCAACUCUCUCAACAUCCGCCCCAUCGUUAAGGAACUGCCAAACUAUUCAGAUCUCAGGGAACACUUCUUCAGUACGAAACUCUUCCACUUCGCGGGCCACGCACGACUAGACCCGCUCGACCCGCUGCUCAGUCCCUUGUGCCUGCGAGACUGGGUCGAGAACCCGCUGACUGUCGACCGGCUGGGGAAAGACUUCAGAGUUUAUGCGCACAAGCCCUUCCUGGCGUACCUCUCCGCCUGCUCAACGGGCGUCAUCAAUGAAGACCGGCUCGUCGACGAGGGCAUGCACCUCAUCGGGGUGUACCAGCAGAUGGGCUUCAGACACGUUAUUGGCAGCCUCUCGCCUGUCUUGGAUUCGCGUUGUGUGGAGGUCGCUGAGACAGUGUAUGAGACACUGAGAAGCGAUGGUAUCACAGAUAGGGCGGUCUGCAAGGGGCUGCAUUUUGGUUUGAGGGCCCUGAGAGACAAGCCAUCUUCGGAAGUCGCUGGAAUGCUAACAGAUGAAGUAGAGGAACGUCGCCGCAAUGGCAGAGUACCAGACGAUGAUGACGAUGAUGGCGAUGUUGACGACGAUGAUGAUAAUGCCGGUUCUAAAGCCCGAGUCCUCUCUGUGGACAAGUUUCUCUGGGUGCCUUACGUUCAUUUCGGCGUUUGACGAUUCCAUUAGCUUCUAGGCACAUCCGAUUACUAUCUAACUAUCA